AUGGCCCAUAUUGGCAUGGACCAUGAGCAAAAUCACAAUCCACAGGAAAAUGGAUACGGCGGUGAAGGUUGGCCGGAAAUGGGCAAUGGCUACAGUUCAUCACAGCAUCAAUCACCAAUCUACGAAAAUAGGAUUCAAUAUGAAUAUAUGCAACCUCAUCAUCCAAUGUCUACUGAACCUCAGUAUCCAAGAAUGGCACCUCCACCGACGACGACAUAUUCCACGCAUCACCAGCAACUGCUUCCUCUCAUCAUGCCAAAUCAUCCCACGUGGCCGAGCAUGUUGACAAAUCCGGCGACCUCCCAAGCACCACCUGUUGCAAUUCCUCCAGCGAACUCUGGAAAGCCUGCUCAAAAACUUCCAGCUAUUCAUGCUGCUCCGACUCCAAGGAAGACACUGACUGAUAGUGAUCGAAGGCGAAUGUGUCAAUAUCAUGAGGAUAAUCCGACUGUUAAGCAGACUGAGAUUGGAGCUAUGUUUGGUGUUGAACGAAGUACCGUCUCCAAAGUUUUACGCCAAAGAGAAAAAUAUCUUUUCCCUGAAGAUCGAAGCUUGUCUCCAGUUAAACGGGCCAAAGGAAAAUUCCCUGAUAUCGAGAGAGCCCUCUCGAAUUGGGUGCGAAAUACCCAAAAACAGGGAAUUCCUCUUACCGAUGCUGCGAUUAAGGAGAAGGCCAGAUUUUUUGCCACCACUGUUGGUAACAACGAGAGUCACUUAAAAACAAAUAGUACAAGUUGGCUAGAAAAAUUCAAGCAAAAGAAUGGCAUCAGUCACCUCAGACGAAGGGCAUCUGCAGCCGAUAUUGGUAGUCUUUCCGAACGUAUGGCACUCAAUAUUGACUCAAGUAGAAGUUCCGGAUCGCGUACAUCCAAUGGUGUCUCACCUGCUUCGCCAUUACAGUCUCCUUUGCCAUUGGCGUCCGCGAAGAGUAGUGAGGACCUUAGGUCCCAUCAUAUGCAUGAUAGCUUGAACAGCUAUUUUGACUUUACUCAAACAGCAAGCUACAAGCAGCAUUCAAAUUCUCACAGCACAGCUUCAUUGUCUAGUGCGUUUACCGACAACAAUCCUUCGUCAUUCUCAGGAGGACCGACUAGUCCAACAACCCCAUUUGCAUUUUCUCCUGAUGGGAGUUCCGGAUCUUGGAUGCCAUCUCAGCAAUCUCGGAUAGCCCAGCAGCCAACCAACGGAAAUGGAAACUCUAAUACUGAAGAUAGUAUGAACAAUGGGAUGGACGCAAAUAACCCUGCUAGCAAUUUUCAACGUCCAAGAAGCCAAACUUUCCCCACUUUAGCGAUUGAUCCUUCAUUCAUCGCCUCGCAGGGUACAGAUCCUAUGACCCCAAAAUACAAUCUACCGGACACAGCCCCUUCAUCGGCUGUCGAAUCGCCUGUUCAUGAACUAGGCGCUCCUUUUGGAUUGGAUUCUGCAAUAUCGCCACGAUCUUUACAUCAUAGCAGCAGUAACAGCUCUAUGGCUCCUCCACCAGCGUCACAUACACCGAUUAGCGGAUUGCAAUCGCCUCCACAUCUUUCAACGCCGAACUCACCUACCCAGGAUGAUGCACGCCGAGCGCUUGAUACGUUACUCAAUUUCUUUCAUCAAGCUCCUACUGGAUUGGUGGAUCAAAAUGAGUAUCUGACGGUUUUAAAACUGACUGACAAGCUGCGAAUACAUCAACAAAAUCCAGGACCUUUACCAGGCGGUUUGCAUCGGAUCUCGGAACAGGAGGACUGCGAUAACCAACCACAAAAUAUGAAGAUGGAGCAAUCCACGGCCUGUUAA